GAGAGGACAACGGCGGCAACUGCCAAACAACGACGACAGCCAGCAACAGCAACGGCAGCAGAGCGAAGCAAGCAAGAGCCAAGAGAUGAGCCAGCACCAGCAUCAGCAGGGCUACUAUCAGCCUGCACCACAGCACCAGCAGCCACCGGGAGGUGUUGAUGUCGCUCACACAAGCGGAUUUGACUUUGACUUGUCAGAUGUGCGGAUUUCCUCGUCACUGCCGCUGUUGGACAACCAGGACUUUCUCAACUUCUACAACACAUAUGAGACACAACUUCUGGAAUUGGUCGAAACAAACCAGCUUGACGCUAUUGGGCCGUUUUGGGAGAGCCAGUGGCGGGAGGCAAGCCGGUUUUCACGAAUCCUGGACACGGAUGACGGCGAGAAGUACUGCCACGUGCGGGACACGUUCAUCUUCCAGCGGAUGCUGUCGAUCAUCCUGCCGGAUGUGCUGCAGCGCAUGCAGCCCGCGGUGACCAAGUCCAUCCGCUCGUUCUCCAAGCGCCUGCAGCCAUGGAUGCACGCUGCCGUCGCCGCCCUGCCCCCACGCGUCGCACACAGCAAAAUCAGAACCACAGCGCUCUUCGCACAGCGGCUGCGGCGGUACACGGGCCUUAACCACCUGGCACAGGCCGCCCGAGACCUCCUCGCAAAGCAGCACCAAGUCGCUGCGAUGAAUGAGGACUUUGUCAAGAUUGACUUCAACGCCGUUGCAGACCAGCUCGUCUCCAUGUGCCCGUCAUGCGCCAAACACACCGUCAUACAACUGCAUGAGGAGUUCCAGCACGUGCUGCGAGACGCGGCGCCGCUGGAGUCGUGGUGCUCGUGGCUCCAAUCUGUAGCGCACACCGUCCUCUCCCAGCAGCAGCAGCCCGGCUCAAACGGCGUCGACCUCGCAAAGCCAGCAGCCAACCUCUGCCUCUCCUGGUCCUUCCUCAGCUCGCAGGUCAUCCGGGACCUGACGCUGCGCAGCGCCGCCACGUUCGGCAUGUUCCACCUCAUGCGCUUGUUCUGCGACGAGUACAUGUUCUUCCUGGCUGAGCACGUUGUCUCCGUCAACACACUCUCCAACAUGCCUCGACACAUGCGCGACGGCGGGCCCCUCCGCACCCUUGGAACGGGCCCUGUGCAGCAAGGAGGCAUGUCGCACCACUGACGACGAUGCUGUGCAAACAAAACAAACAAAGACACCAGCCAGCCCAUCCCACAAGUAAACGCUCCUUUAACUUCUUUUUGCGAAUAAAAUCAAUCAAUUUUCU